GUGCUAACAGUGUUUUUUUUCCAGCGCCCCCAUCGAGUUCGUGUUUAAUCCGCGCUGCGCUUUUCGGUUAGCUAGUUUAACUAACUGUGUGUUUUUUUUGCCGCGGGUGAGCAACAACAACAAGUGGAAACAGCUGUUCGCGUUCGCUAAACGGCAGUAGAAUGAGCAGGGCAAGUGGUGAAUAACAAAACAAAGGCCCACGUUAACAAAAGUGAAAAACAAAAGCAAAUAGCAUAAAGCAUAAAGCAACAACUGCGGACGGGCGAGCAAAGGAAGCGAAAAGAAGAAGAGGAAGAGUUUGCGCAGUCACGUGUGCAGUCGACGUCGGCUGCGACAGCGGCAGCGGCAGUGGCAGUGACAGCGGCAGAGGAAAAUUCCCAUGCGGAAAAUUCACAUUCGCAUUCGCGAACGAAAAAGGCACCAAAGGCGAGACGGCGAUGAUGGAGCUGACGAAGAGGGAGCGAGAGCCAGCAACAACCACUAGCAGCUGUUAGACGGGGACAGCCACACCGCGUCAAUGUCUGACGAAGUGCCUUUGGGUCGCCUAUCGCAAAUCUUCGAUACGCUAACCAAUCUUCAGCAGCACCAGCACUUGCGUUCCCAGGAGCAGCUGCAUCAGCAUCAGCAUCCGCAGCAGCAUCCACAUCCGCACUCGCAGCUCCAGACGGAGCCGCAGCUGUUGUCUGCGGAGAUCCGGAGGAGAUCCGCCUCCUCGUCGCCAUCGCCUUCGGCCAGUGCCUCCGCCUCGACUUCAGGGCGGGCCACGCCUUCGCUGGGCGUGGCCAGCCCCCUAAACUCAUUGCAAUACUACAGCCACGCCCACAACUAUUUGCUGCGGCCGCAGGAAGUCGCCGCCAGCGGCUACCUGCACACCUUUCCCUCGCACUUCUACCACCACCACCAAGUGCACCACCUGCAGCAGCACAGCCAGCCGCCCUCGCUGCCGACCCAAAUAGGGGGCGUGGCACGUGGAUCACAAUCGCUGCAGGGAUCUCCGCUUUUGGCCAAGAGAGCUACCUCCUUCAGUGGCCAAAUACCACUGGCCCAGGGACGUUUCACCUCCGGCGGCACUGCAGCAGCAACUGGAGCCACUGGACUCACUGCAUCCACACCAAAUAGUCCAAGGCUGCUGCCACGACGUGGCACACGCCCACCGCCCAUCCCGGCCAAGCCGAAUCAGGUGAAGGCGGAGCAGCAGCCGAGGGAUGCGUUGCCCAGGAACGCGACUACCACGUCGGUUCAGUCCACCGUGAAUCCCGUGCUGGCAGCUCUCGAUGCGCCGGAUGCCCCGUGGCCGCACUUCUCCACGCUCACCGAGCAUCUGGACGUCCACCAGGUGAACAACUAUGGCCAGGCUCUGCCGCAGAUCAAUUGGCAGGAGCGGUGUCUGGAGCUGCAACUGGAGCUGCACAGGUCCAAGAAUCAGGCGGGUCGUAUACGCGAUAUGCUGCGGGAAAAGCUAACGGAGCUCGAACAACGCGUCAUUGAAGCGGAAGAACGCGCCGAGGAAGCCGAAGAUAAGGUGCGUGCCAUGGAGCAGCGGCUGAGUGAGUGGCCCAAGCCACCGCCCCAACAAGCUCAGCAUCCGCAUCCGCAUCCGCACUCACACUCGCAUCCGCAUCCGCACCAGCCCAUCCCCAGUCAUCCGCAGGAGCAGCAGGCCAAGAACAGUUGCUCGCCCAGCCAUCAGACAGGUGGAGGUGCGGCAGCAGGACCAGGAGGACCAGCAGGAGCAGCAGGAUCCAGUUUACCGCCCACCCAGGAAACUGAGAAGACCAUCACGUCCCUGGAGAUCCAAGUGGAGGAGCAGAGACAGCUGCGACUGCACGACGCGCGACAAAUCGAAGCCAAGGCGGCCAAGAUCAAGGAGUGGGUAAACAACAAGCUCCGCGAUCUCGAGGAGCAGAACCAGCUGCUGCGCGAGCAGAACGUCAAGUGCAAUCAGCAGUUGGAGCUGCUCAAGAAUCACAUAGCCAACCAGUCCCAGCGGCACAGCAUUGUAGGUCCAGUGCGGAACAGCCUAAGCCUAGACGUCCAGGAUUUCACCGGGUCCGGUUCGAAUCCUGAGCACCGGAGGAGAAGCGAGAGCCUAGAUCCCCAGGAGAUCAUUGGCCGACCCUUGACCAGCUCAUAUCCCCAUCACCAGCACAGGAGAAACCUCUCGAUGGAGCCGCAGGAACUGGAACGCAAUCUGGUGGCUGCGGUAGACGGGUUAACCCUGGCUCCACUGUCCAGCAUCUCCAGUAAAGCGCCCGGAGGAAUCUCCACUGAAUCUGGGCAAGUCACCAGGCCCGACAGCUCCGACACAGAUACUGCCCACGAUUAUGCAGAGAUCUACACACCAUCCUGCGAAAAGCUGCCCGCCUGGAUGAAGAACAACCCGGCUCUCAUGGCUAGUGGUGGCAACUCCAGCACCACCACAACCACCACCAGUGAGCUGGGUGUGCCACGGCCUCCGACGCCACCGCUGCAUCGGUUUCCCAGCUGGGAGGCGAAGAUCUACCAGGUGGCGAACGAUGGACUGGCAGGUGCGGGAACGGGAACGGGCACAAGCACCGCGGAGAGUACGGCCAGCCAGGAGCCAGAUAUUCAGGACGGGAUGGGCACCAAUCUCUCCAAUGGCCGGCGGCAUGGUCACAGUCAUGGAUCAGGAACUGCAACCGGCACUGGAUCGGGAACAGGAACCGGUGAUGGACACGGUACCCUGGGCAGCACGCCGGGCACUCCGCUGCCACCGUCGCGGCAACAACAAACCGCCAGCGGCGGCUUCUGUGAUAUAUCCGUGCCCGUCUACGCAACCGUAAAGGGUCGAGCCUCGCAAAUCCGCUCGAUGCCAUUUACGGGCGAUUCGAGCGACGACUCCAGCGACGGGGAAGACCACGCGGUCAUGCUCACCCACCACUCGCACAACUCCUCGAGCACGGACAACACGGAGACCUCUACCUCCGGCAGCGCAUCGAGCCCCUCGAAGAGCCUGAAGACUUCCUCCAGCUUGAGUCCGGCCAAGCGAAGUGGUUCGGAGAGCCCCAAGAACGCGAAGGCGCGUGUCCACAUCCAAUCACGCACACCCGCCACGCUCUCCAGCCACAUUAACCAGCAUCUCCAACCAUCGCCACACCAACACCAACAACACCACCACCACACACUGUCCCACCAGAGUCGUAGCCACCAGCUACCAGGGGCCUACUCGGUGACCUCGUCGAGUGGACAGUUGAGUCUGCCUCGCUACCACGCCCACGCCCACGCCCAUGCCCACGCCAAUGCCCAUGCCCUUCAGCCCGGCAACCUCCCCACCCCCCUCCAGCACAUGCGAGGCACAGUAAUUUCAGAUCUCUCCUUUGAAUCAGGCCUCUCGGAUGACUAUGCCUUGCCCCCCGACGCCGUAUCGGAGUCCACGUGCAUGGAUGCCUCGAUGCCAUCGCUGCUUAUGCGUCAGUCCUACGUGGACUCGCCCAGCAAGAAGAUUGAGUCGCUGGAGAAGAUGGGUCACCUGGCGAAGCUCGGUGGCAAGUUGAAGACUUGGCGCAAGCGCUGGUUCGUUUUGAAAAACGGCUCGCUCAACUACUGGAAGAGUCAGCACGACGUGCAGCGGAAGCCACAGGGCCAAAUCCAACUGGAUGAGGUCUGUCGAAUCAAUCGCGCGGAGGGAGCCUCCACCUUCGAGAUAGACACGGGCAAAAAGGUCUACUACCUCACCGCGGACUCGCACGCCACCAUGGACGACUGGAUACGGGUGCUCCAAAACGUGCAGCGGAGGAACGCCACCAAGCUGCUGCUCAGUCGCGACGACCAGAAGCCCACCGUGCAGGGCUGGGUGACCAAGGUGAAGAACGGCCAUCCCAAGAAGUGCUGGUGCGUGCUGUUGGGCAAGAUGUUCCUCUACUUCAAGGCUCCGGCAGAGACGAAUCCCCUUGGCCAGAUCAAUAUGCGAGAUGCCCGAGUUGAGGAGGUAGAGCACGUUUCUGACUCCGAUUCCGAAGAGCGAGAGGACGCCGCCCAGGAUCAGGCUAGACUCACAGUUGCCAUCUAUCCAGCGCACCAGGGACCAACUUACCUGAUCCUCUCCGGCAAACCGGAGCGAGAUAACUGGCUCUAUCACCUAACUGUCGUGUCUGGCGGCGGCCCAAGUGCUGGCACGCAGUACGAACAGCUUGUCCAGAAGCUCAUGGAGACCGACGGCGAUCCUAACUGUGUUCUGUGGCGCCAUCCCAUACUGCUGCACACCAAAGACACCAUCACGGCCCCGCUUUCCUCCAUGCACACGGAAACCAUGCAGCCGGAGGCCAUCAAGCUCUUCAAGAGUAUUCAGCUGUUUAUGUCGGUGGCGGUGAACCAGCCGGGCAUCGACUACCACGUGGUGCUCGCCCAGAAUGCCCUGCAACAUGCGCUGGAUAUGCCCGAGCUACAAACGGAAAUGAUCUGCAUCCUGAUCAAGCAGACCUCCCGCCACAUGGGCCAGAAGCUCAGUGUCGGCGUCCAGGUAAACAAGAAGCUGGGCAAGCAAACGCGCCAACUACUGUUGUGCGCCACCCAAAGCCUAUUCACCUGUGAUACCCAACAGGCGGGCCAUGCCCAAGCCAACGGCAGUUCACCCACCUCCAUACAGGCGCCAUCCGCCACGCCCAUAAUCGACUGCAAGAGCAACCCGCCCGUAUACAGCUUCGUCCAGGGCUGGCAGCUCCUGGCACUGGCCGUGUCCCUCUUCGUGCCGCGUUCCAGCCGCCUCUUGUGGUACCUCAAGCUCCAUCUGUCCCGGAAUGCGGACACCAAAACCGAGACGGGCAAGUACGCCGCCUACUGUGAGCGUGCUCUGGAAAGGACCUUGAAGAAUGGAGGGCGCGAGACGAAACCUUCGCGGAUGGAAGUGCUGUCGAUUCUGCUGAAGAAUCCCUAUCACCACUCCUUGCCGCACGCCAUCCCAGUGCACAUGAUGAACAGCACCUACCAGGUGGUUUCCUUCGAUGGAUCCACCACCAUCGAGGAGUUCCAGGCCACUUUGGCUCACGAGCUGGGCACAAGGGAUGCCACCAACGGGUUCUGCCUGUUCAGCGACGAUCCUAUCGAGAAGGACUUGGAGCACUACCUGGAACCGCUGGCCAAGUUGUGCGACGUGAUCAGCAAGUGGGAGACGGCGCUGCGGGAGAAGGGAUCAGGCAAGUUCGAGAACUCCCGGGUGAUUCAGCUUAGCUACAAGAACCGUCUGUACUGGAAGCACACCAUCAAGUGCGAGACAGAUAAGGAGCGUUUGCUACUCUGCUAUCAGACCAAUUCCCAGAUUGUCCAGGGCAGAUUCCCCCUGUCCAGAGAGCUGGCUUUGGAGCUGGCCUCGCUAAUGUCCCAGAUCGACAUGGGCGACUAUUCGCUCGAGAAGUCAAGGGAUGUGGGUGUGGGCCUCAAGGGUCUGGACAAGUUCUAUCCGUACCGCUAUAGGGACGCCCUAGGUGCCGAGCAGCUGAAAGAUGUGCAGGAGCUGCUGGUCUCCAAGUGGAUGCUCCUCAAGGGCCGCUCGACCUUGGACUGUGUGCGCAUUUACCUCACCUGCUGCCGGAAGUGGCCGUACUUCGGAGCUUGCUUGUUCCAGGCGAAGCCCAGACAGAAUCCCGAAUCCAACGCCGCCUCGGGAGCCACCCCGGUAGCCUGGUUGGCUGUCGCCGAAGAUGCUCUCAAUGUCCUCGAGCUGUCCACAAUGGCUCCGGUCGCCAGGUAUCCCUAUAGCUCCGUUAUGACCUUUGGCGGUUGCCAGGACGACUUCAUGCUAGUGGUUUCCCACGAUGACGGCGGAGGCUGUGAGCAAAAGCUACUCUUCGCAAUGAGCAAGCCGAAAAUAUUGGAAAUCACACUGCUGAUAGCAGACUACAUGAAUGCCCUGGGACACACGGUGCCCGGCACUCCGCAGAUGAACUCUCUGACCAGGAAUGGAUCGCAUCGCUCACUGAGAACCUCCCAACGGCCGACCCUGGGUGGUGGCUCAGCGGUGGCCACCGGGUUCUCUACAAAUGCCACCACAACGGCCCACAAUACGCUCAAUUCGCAUGCGACACACACGCUUAACUCAAACCACUCGCACACGCUAAGCAGCUCCCAUCACGCCGGCGGCGGGAGUCAGCCGGGCACUCUGAGCUCGGGUCAUCACCAGCACCACCAUAUCCAACAGCACCACCAGCCCGAUAUCCUGAAGAGCACGCCGGAUCACCAGCGGAUUAAGUAGAUCUGAGCACGAUUGGAGGACGAUUGGCUCCCUACAGAUCGAGGAUUACAGAAGAGAUAAUCAAAAAUGGAAGAGGAGCGAAGAGCGGGGAAUGGGAGUCAGCGAAUUCCAGCUAGAGGAUCACACAUUGUACAUAAACGUGGAAAAUCACAGCUAAACAGACAUAUACAACUAACAGAUACAUAUGCACCAGCCUAGUGGCUACCAGUAUGAAACUAAAGAUAGAAUGAUAUAAAGAUAGAAAGAUAUACAGAUAGACGGAUAGCGAUAGCGGUAGAAAUACGACUUAGCCUAAUCGGCCUGGGAUGGACCUUCUUCUCCUUGCGCACCACUCACUAAAGUUAUUUUCUAAGCUAACGACGGUACUCGUACUCUAAACCUACUUUGUAAACCGCAGCAGCAAGCAUAUAUAUACCUAUAUAUAUAUAUAUAUAUUAUAUAUUAUAUAUUAUUUUUUUGAAUAGUCCUAAGCCCAGCAUACCCGAAAGUGGAUGAGGUAUGCGAAGAAACGAAGCAGAACAAGAAUCUCAACGUUUAGAUUGUUCCUGUCCUAUUUAUUUGUAUUUUUUUUGUUAGUUUAAAGCAACAUACAAGCAACGGCAAUGCAAAACACACCUAUAUGAUAUGAAAUGAUAUGUUCGAGUGUUAUUGCUCUUCGAUGCUUUUUAAUGAAUCUCAAUUUGUAAUUGUCCCUCCAUGCGCGAAACUGCCUUCUGAAUUUGUAGAUGUCGGAGCCAAGAACGAGAGAAAUAUAAAUAUACAAAACGAA